CUUAUAAAUACUUGGUACAACUAUUGAUGUGUGUGGGUGGGGUAGAUAGACGACAAACCACAACGGCUUCCUUGUAUUCUUCGAUUCUUCUUUAAUCUUUACGAUUGCCACCCGUUCACCAGAGAGGCUCCGUCCGAUAAACAUCGUUUUUGUUAUCUAUUCUUUUAUUUUUUCUUAUUUAAAGAAUAAUUUUUUGUUCUGCGCCGUUCGUGUGUUCCGAGGUUUGCCCACUCUUCCGGUUCUCUCAACUAUUGAAUUGCGGGUUUGGUUUCGAUUCUGACAGUGGGUCGAUUUGGGUUUGAUCUGUGAAAUUGAGGGAGAGUUUACAUAGUAGAGAGAGACUGAGAUGUGGAGUAUUACUAGAUUUUGGGAGAAAGCAAACAUGGUGGGAGAAGGGGGAUCUGGGUAUUGCUCUAAGAAGAAGGACGAUUUGUGUAGUGAGUAUACAGGUCGAGGAUUAAGCAUGUCAAGAAUCAAGUGUAUUCUGCGAGGCUUGGACUUGAAAACAUACAUCUUCCUUUUCGUUAUGGUACCGAUUAGUUUAUUUGGUAUAUAUGUCCACGGGCAGAAAAUAACAUAUUUUCUGAGGCCGUUAUGGGAAAAGCCGCCAAAGCCCUUCCACGAAAUCCCGCAUUAUUAUCACGAGGAUGUGCCUAUGGAGAAUCUCUGCAAACUUCACGGCUGGGGAAUCCGGGAGUACCCGAGGCGUGUCUUUGAUGCGGUGUUGUUCAAUAACGAGGUGGACAUUCUUACGAUAAGAUGGAAGGAGCUGCACCCGUAUGUGACGGAGUUUGUUUUACUCGAAUCGAAUUCGACUUUCACCGGACUGCCAAAGCCCCUACAUUUCGCUAAAAACCGGGAGAAGUUCGAUUUCGUCGAGCCACGGUUAACUUACGGGCAAGUUCCGGGCCGGUUUAGGAAGGGCGAAAAUCCGUUCGUGGAAGAGGCUUAUCAACGGUUAGCGUUGGACUAUCUUCUCAAACAGGCCGGGAUCCAGGAUGAUGACUUAUUGCUGAUGUCGGAUGUCGAUGAGAUUCCUAGUAGACACACUAUGAAUCUCUUGAGGUGGUGCGAUGACAUACCUCCCGUCCUGCAUCUCCGGUUGAAGAACUAUCUCUAUUCCUUCGAGUUCCUCGUCGAUAACAAUAGCUGGAGAGCUUCGGUCCACCGAUAUCAAUCCGGGAAGACGAGGUACGCUCAUUAUCGACAGUCGGAUGACAUCUUGGCGGAUGCCGGGUGGCACUGUAGCUUCUGCUUCCGCCAAAUCAACGAAUUCAUCUUCAAGAUGAAAGCUUACAGCCAUUUCGACAGAGUGAGAUUCUCUCACUUCCUCAACCCGAAACGAAUCCAGAGAGUAAUAUGCAAAGGGGCCGACCUGUUCGAUAUGCUCCCCGAGGAGUACACAUUCCGGGAAAUCAUCGGGAAAAUGGGACCCAUACCCCAUUCAUACUCCGCCGUUCAUCUCCCAUCCUACCUCCUCGAGAACGCCCACAAGUAUAAAUUCCUAUUGCCCGGGAACUGUAUGAGAGAAAACAACGUAUCCGAAAGCUGAGCCCAAAGCUUUAUCCCGUCAAGUUCAUAGGUGCAGCAGCUCGCACUGCUACUAGCGAAGCAUUAUUUUGCGUGGACAUCUCUGCCCCCGAAUCUACCGACUGCAACCUCAUUCCAUGGACGAUACAAAAACGCUUUGGCGGGUUCUUGGAAGCGAAAAUUUUGUACACAAUUUGUAAGAGGGAUGACCAUUACAGAGUGUUAUGAUGUUCAUUUGCUGUGGCCAUAUAUACAGAUUAUGGCUCUUGGGGGAACUAUAUAUAUCACUUGUGUGACAACUUUUGGUUGGUUUGAAUCUGUUUUCUGGUGUUCAUUCAACUGGAUGAUUAGGCUAUUAUUAUUAUUAUGUAGUAAUUUGAUCACCAUUUUUAUGCCCUUCCCAAUUUUUAUCUACUUUUUUCUUCAAGAUUAGUGUUUGGGUUUCCUUUUGUAAGUGAUAAUAACACUAGGUAAUGUUUUUUGCACCAAUUUUUUCACGGUUAAAUAUAA